AGUGAACGCAGCGUUUGAGUUGAUAUAAUAUACACUUGUAAGAAUAGAGGGAUCUCUUAUAACCUUAGGUUUGAGUUACACACACGCCCCCAACUUUUCUACAACAUAACGCAGCGCACACACCCACAAGGAGGAAGGGAACAAUGGCUUCCUCUGUAAUCUCUUCAUCUCCUUUCCUCUGCAAAUCCGCCCAGCAGAAGGAUUUGGGGUUCCCUAAAUCGUCGCAGAUUUCGGUUCACAGAUGUCAGAAGAGAGCGAUUUCUCGGAAGAUCGUCUCCGUCAUGGCGCCGCAGCGAUCAUCCAGCGCCACUGGAUCGGUGAAAACUGGGAUGACGAUGACGGAGAAGAUUCUUGCCAAGGCAGCAGAGAAAUCACAAGUGGUGCCUGGUGAUAACAUCUGGGUUAACGUUGACGUUCUCAUGACUCAUGAUGUCUGUGGCCCUGGUGCUUUUGGUAUCUUCAAGAGAGAGUUCGGUGAAAAAGCUAAGGUUUGGGACCCAGAGAAGAUUGUUGUUAUUCCAGACCAUUACAUCUUCACUACUGAUAAGCGUGCCAACCGCAAUGUCGACAUUAUGAGGGAACAUUGCAGGGAACAGAACAUCAAGUAUUUCUAUGAUAUCACCGACCUUGGAGAUUUUCGGGCUAAUCCUGACUACAAAGGUGUUUGCCAUGUGGCGCUUGCACAAGAAGGUCAUUGCAGGCCAGGAGAGGUUUUGUUAGGAACAGACUCGCACACAUGUACUGCUGGAGCGUUUGGUCAGUUUGCUACAGGGAUUGGAAACACCGAUGCUGGAUUUGUGUUAGGCACUGGCAAAAUCCUCCUUAAGGUUCCACCAACAAUGAGGUUUAUCUUGGAUGGUGAAAUGCCCAGUUAUCUGCAAGCAAAGGAUCUGAUUUUACAAAUCAUUGGAGAAAUAUCUGUUGCUGGUGCAACUUACAAGACGAUGGAGUUCAGUGGAACAACUAUUGAAAGUCUGACUAUGGAAGAAAGAAUGACAUUGUGCAACAUGGUUGUGGAAGCUGGGGGAAAGAAUGGUGUCAUCCCUCCUGAUGCGACGACAUUUAAUUACGUUGAGAACAGGACAUCUGUACCCUUUGAGCCCGUAUAUAGUGAUGGAAAUGCAAGCUUUAUUGCAGAUUAUCGAUUUGACGUGUCAAAGCUGGAGCCUGUGGUGGCUAAGCCUCAUUCUCCUGACAACCGGGCUCUAGCAAGAGAAUGCAAAGAUGUCAAAAUUGACAGAGUAUACAUUGGUUCUUGUACUGGUGGGAAGACUGAGGAUUUUAUGGCUGCAGCUAAACUUUUCCAUGCAGCAGGAAAGCAAGUCAAAGUCCCAACUUUCCUUGUCCCCGCUACUCAGAAGGUGUGGAUGGAUGUGUAUGCCCUCCCUGUGCCUGGAGCAGGUGGAAAGACGUGUGCGCAGAUAUUCGAAGAAGCUGGCUGCGACACACCAACCAGUCCUAGUUGUGGUGCCUGCCUUGGUGGCCCAGCUGACACCUAUGCUCGCUUGAAUGAACCUCAAGUGUGUGUCUCGACAACGAACAGAAACUUUCCUGGUCGGAUGGGACACAAAGAAGGGCAGAUUUACUUGGUUUCUCCUUACACCGCUGCAGCCUCGGCUCUGACCGGCCAUGUCACCGACCCAAGAGAGUUCUUGCAGUAGGAUAGCUUUGUCCGAAAAGAAAUCUAAAUGCUGAAUCAUGAGAGAAGACCGUUAAAAUGAUGAGCAUUGUGAACUAUAUGUAUGUAUUUUCCUUAUUGUACUGUUGAACUUCGUAGUUUCUUUCAAACACUGUUAAACUUUUGAUGUUUUGAGUUUGAAAUAAUAAAGAGAUGAGAGAGACUUAGAUACGUC